AGAAGUGCUUAUCAGCAAAGCGACAUGUAGAUCAUCUAAUAGAGUUUCUUAGUUAUACUUUUUUUUUUUAAUUUACCACAAACCCACACACAUCCUGUUCUAUGUAUGUGCUGCUAUUGUGAUUGGUUUCUUUUUAACCAAACCUGAUGUAUUCUGCUCCUUCCUCUUUAAAACACCAACUUUUCAACCUCAGGAGCUGAAGACCUAGAUGGAACACUCCGAAAGUGCAAUAAACAGAGUUGGUCGUGCUAUGUGGACUGUUUGGGGUUACCUCACAGGCACUGUAGGAAGAUAUCUCAGACCAGAGGUCACAAACAAAGAGGCCCAAACUGUGCAACACAUUGCACCAAUCAGUAAGGAUUAUAAGGAGUUAAACAUCAAGGAAGAAGAAAAAACUGAAAUAAAACCAAGUGAGAGAAAGACAAAAGAAGAUCUGCAGUAUCCCAGGAUUAGAGUGCGCACCGCUGCUGUUCAGUGGGAAAAGGGGAACAUUGCUCAUGAUCAUCAUGAGGUAAAAGACAAGAGCAAACACACUUGUGCUAGCUCAGAGGGCAUAGACAAGAAAUCGCAGACAAAGAAUGAUGAUGAAGAAACAUUGGAUAAUAAAAGUGAGUCAAGAAGAACUCAUGGUACCCAAUUUACUGAACAAAAAGAUUCACCUGCUUAUAUUGAUACAGAUGUAAAGAACCGAGAAAGAACAUUUUCUGGAAGUGAGGAAGCUGAUCUAAAUGUUGAGAGGAGUGAAACCAAUCAGGAAAAGACAAAGCAACCAUUAGAGGAAGAAGAAGAGAUUAUCAUGAGGAGACAGUUUGAUGAAACUGAAGAAGAACCAAUUAAAUGUGAGUUUAUUGACCAGGGUUUAUUAAUAAAGGAAGAUUAUCUAAAUGUUGAGAGGAGGGCAAACAGCCAGGAGGAGAGAAGGAAAUCCAAAGAGGAAGAGGAAGGUGUUGAAAUUAUGAAAAGAGAGAAUGAUGAACCUGAAGAAGAACCAUUUAAAAAUGACUCUAUUGACCAAGGUUUACUGACAAAGGAAUUUGAUCUAAAUGUUGCGAGGAGUGAAAACAUCCAGGAACAGAGAAGAAAACAGGAAGAGGAAGGUGUUGAUGAAAUUAUGAGGAGUGAGAAUGAUGAAACUGGAGAAGAACUGACUAAAAGCAAGUUUACUGAGCAAGGCUUAGUGGCCAGGGAAGCUGAUUUAAAUGUUGAGAGGAAUGAAAAUGAUCAGGAGCAGGUAAGGAAAUCUGAAGAGGAACAGGAAGGUGUUGAUGAAGUUGUGAGGAGAAAGGAUGAUGAAACUAAGGAAGAACCAAUUGAAGAAGGCUUACUGGCCAAGGAAGCUGGUCUAAAUGUUGAGAAGAGGGCAAACACCCAGAAAGAGAGAAGGAAACCUGAUGAAGAAGAAGAGGAAAGUGUCAACGAAAUCUCAAGAAAAGAGUAUGAUGAAAUUGAAGAACCAACUAAAAGUGAGUUCAUUGAAGAAGGCUUACUGGCCAAGGAAGUUGAUCUAAAUGUUGAGAUGGAUGAAGACAGUCAGGAACUGAGAAGGGAAUCCAAAGAGGAAGAGGAAGGUGUUGAUGACAUUAGGAGAAGAGAGAAUGAUGAAAGUGAUGAACCAAUUAAAAGUGAGUCUAUUGACCAAGGCUUAUUGACAAAGGAAUUUAAUCUAAAUGUUGAGAGAAAUGAAAACAGUCAGGAGCAGAGAAGGAAAUCUGAUGAAGAAGAGGAAGGUGUUGAUAAAAUCUCAAAAAGAAAGUAUGAUGAAACUGAAGAACCAAUUAAAAGUGAGUUCAUGGAAGAAGGCUUAUUGGCCAAGGAAGCUGAUCUAAAUCUUCAGAAGGAUGAAAACAUUCAGGAGCAGAGAAGGAAACAGGAAGGGGAAGGUAUUCAAAUUGUGAAGAGAAAGGAUGAUGAAACUGAAGAACUGAUUAAAAGUGAGUUUAUUGAAGAAAGCUUACUGGCCAAGGAAAUUGAUCUAAAGGCUGAGAUGGAUGAAAACAGUCAACAUUUGAAGAGGAAAUCCAAAGAGGAAGAGGAAGGUGUUGAUGAAAUUAGGAGAAGAGAGAAUGACGAAAGUGAUGAAGAACCAAUUAAAAGUGAGUUUAUUGACCAAAGCUUAUUGACAAAGGAAUUUGAUCUAAAUGUUGAGAGGAGUGAAAACAUCCAGGAGCAGAGAAGAAAACAGGAACGUGUUGAUGAAAUUGUGAAGAGAAUGGAUUAUGAAACUGAAGAACUGAUUAAAAGUGAGUUUAUUAAAGAAGACUUAUUGGCCAAGGAAGCUGAUCUAAAUGUUGAGAGAAAUGAAAAUGGUCAGGAACAGAGAAGGAAAUCUGAAGAAGAAGAAGAAGAAGAAGAAGAAGAAGAAGAAGAAGAAGAAGAAGAAGGUGUUGAUGAAAUCUCAAGAAAAGAGUAUGAUGAAAUUGAAGAACCAACUAAAAGUGAGUUCACUGAAGAAGGCUUAGCCAAGGAAGCUGAUCUAAAUGUUGAAAUGGAUGAAAACAGUCAGGAACUGAGAAGGGAAUCCAAAGAGGAAGAGGAAGGUGUUACUGAAAUUAGGAGAGGAGAGAAUGAUGAAAGUGAUGAGCCAAUUAAAAGUCAGUCUAUUGACCAAGGGUUAUUGACAAAGGAAUUUGAUCUAAAUGUUAAGAGAAAUGAAAACAGUCAGGAGCAGAGAAGGAAAUCUGAUAAAGAAGAAGAAAAAAAAGAAGGUGUUGAUGAAAUCUUGAAAAGAAAGUAUGAUGAAACUGAAGAACCAAUUAAAAGUGAGUUCAUGGAAGAAGGCUUAUUGGCCAAGGAAGCUGAUCUAAAUAUUGAGAGGGAUGAAAACAUUCAGGAGCAGAGAAGGAAACAGGAAGGGGAAGGUAUUCAAACUGUGAAGAGAAAGAUUGAUGAAAUUGAAGAAGAACUGAUUAAAAGUGAGUUUAUUGAAGAAGGCUUACUGGACAAGGAAACUGAUCUAAAGGCUGAGAUGGAUGAAAAUUGUCAGCAGUUGAAGAGGAAAUCCAAAGAGGAAGAGGAAGGCGUGGAUGAAAUUAGGAGAACAGAGAAUGCCGAAAGUGAUGAAGAACCAAUUAAAAGUGAGUUUAUUGACCAAGGCUUAUUGACAAAGGAAUUUGAUCUAAAUGUUGAGAGGAGUGAAAACAUCCAGGAGCAGAGAAGAAAACAGGAAAGUGUUGAUGAAAUUGUGAAGAGAAUGGAUUAUGAAACUGAGGAACUGAUUAAAAGUGAGUUUAUUAAAGAAGACUUAUUGGCUAAGGAAGCUGAUCUAAAUGUUGAGAGAAAUGAAAAUGGUCAGGAACAGAGAAGGAAAUCUGAAGAAAAAGAAGAGGAGGAGGGUGUUGAUGAAAUCUCAAGGAGAGAAUAUCAUGAAACUGAAGAAGAACCAAUUAAAUACAAGUUUGUUGACCAAGACCCUAAAGAACAGGCAAAUAUGCGUGAUAUGGGAGAUACAGCAGUGGUCCAGGUGGUCUCGGUGGAGAAGAUAAUGGACUGUAUUUAUGAUCAGGAUAUAAAUGAGCCAAAUGUGGUAGAACAGAGCAAUCAGGGAAGGACUGAGCAUGAAAAUGAAGGGAGAAAAUCACAAAUUGUAGAUGAAGUUUUGUUGAUGGAGUUGGCUUCAACAUGGGAAGGGAGGGAUCCUUUAAAAGACAGCCUCAAACUGGAGGUAGAAAUGACUAAAAAUGCCACACUGUUCCAAGGAAAGGAAGUGACUGAAGUCAACAAUGAGGAAACAAAGACUGUGGGAAAAAUGAAAGAUGGAUAUCAUGAAGAGUUCUCAGCAUGGAAGCAGUUCACAGGCACUGACAUUGUUGAAGAACAGAAAGUUUGUGACACAGGAAUGAAAGAAACUUUGAAACAAAUUGAAGUUAUUGAUAAAAAUGUGGAGACUGAAUGUGAACUACAGGAGAUGGAACAUAUAGAAAAUGCAGAAAUGGACAAAAAUGAGUCUGAACCCAGCAGGAUGGUUGAAGAUGAGGGUAAUAAUUUGACUGUUACAAUGGAAUUGCAGCAGUUAGAACAAAGUAAAGAGGAAAAAGCCACAUCAGAGGUGACCCUGAAUGUAGAUCUCGGGCAGUUAGAUGAUAAAGCUCAUGAUCACAAUAGUUCACAACGACAAGUGAUGGUGACUAAACAAGAAGUUGAGGGCCUCAUUACACAACCAGAAACAAGGACAGGAAACCAACUGGAAACUGUUGAAACCACAUCAAAAUUCAGAGCAGAAGUUGCUGCAGUGGAUGUGAAGAAAUCAGCUGAGAGCGAGACUAGCUCGCAUAAGCAGCCCAUCGAUAGAGAAGAGGUGGCUGGACAGGAAAUAAUGGGCCAGUGCUUCCUUGAACAAGGGUUUUUACUAGAAGAAUCGGCAAAUCCACGGAUAAAUGAAUUAAGUUUCCUGGAAGCACCUUUUAGUGAAAUAAAGUCAGUUCCUCUCGAGCAAGUAGAUGAAACUGCAGUUGAGUCUGUUGAUGAAAUGCAAAGUAAAGAGGAAAAAGCCACAUCAGAGGUGGCCCUGAAUGUAGAUCUCAGGCAGUUAGAUGAUAAAGCUCAUGAUCACAAUAGUUCACAACAGGAACUGGAUGAGUGCUCCAGUGAAGCUGAAUUAAAUGUGGCAGCAAAGUCCAGCUCACCAAGUAAAGUAACAGGAAUGAGCAAAGGUGAACUGAAAUGUGAGCAAGCUCAACCUGAAUGUGAAAUAUCUCUUGUCGAGAACACUUGUGAUCAGUCAAUUCUCAGUGAGAUCCCAUUAGAGAAACAGAUAAAUCAGAGUGAGUACACAGCGCAAGAUUCAGCUGCUGAAGCUUCAUCACAUAGACUUCAGAUCGGACUCUCACAAACUUUGUACUUACCAGAGAGGCAAUCAGAACAGGAAACGCUGGAGAUGCAGAGAGAUUCACAGAAACAUACAGAGGAACAACAGAGGACUGAUGAGGCAGAGACUGGAUUAUUAAAUGAAAUAAAGGAUGCCACAUCCUCUUCAGGAAUCUUGGAGGAAAUAAUGAGUGGGUUGACAAAAGAAUCAGAGGAUAGUGAGUGGGAAUUACUGAGAGAAAUGGAGGAUCAUGAAAGAAAAGAGCAAAAAAGUGAACUUGAAAGCCAUGAGGAAACGUCAGAAGGCAACAUGAAUGUGGAGUUACUGAAUGACACAUGGGAAUGUGAAAAAGAAUCAGUAGCAGAAACGACAGGUAUUGAAACCAUGGUAGUUUCAACAGGUGGGGAGAUGGAGUCUGUGAAAAAAAUGGAAGAACUUAUCACAGAGGACGAAAAAGCUAAGUGUCAUCUAGUCUUUUUUGAAUCGGAAGCAUCAAAGGAAAUUAGCAAAGAACAUGAAGAAGAAGAUGAACAUGGAGAAUCAGUAGUAGACAGUAAGGAGGACUUAAAAGAAAGAGGCAGACCCGGACUGAAGAGAGGGUUCGAAAAGAUGGCAGAAGACAAUGACAAGGAUAAACCAUCUGUAUUAACAGAGCUUUUACUUCCAUUACAGACUUCAUCUUUGGACUUUACAGUCCAGAAGUCGAAGAUCGCUGUGAAAAACCCUCUUGUUCGACCCCCUAAAGACCAUCGUACACAUAUAAACAUGGCUUCUCUAGAACCUUUGACUCCUCCUCAUCCUUCACAGAAUCGUAUAGAAGGUGCAUGUGGACCAAGCAAAAGUGUGAUUGGAUUCAAACUCCCUGGUCUGGGUGCUGGUUUUCCGGCACUGAGAAAAACAGAAGCUGGAAGAAAAAUAAGAGAUGGGGAAGAUUCAGAGAGUGUAACACCACAGAAAUCCAACUCAGGCUCACAGUCAGCAGACAAUAAUGUCAAGCAAGAGACAUCACCUCACAAACCAAGAUGGACACCACCAAGACAACCUGGGAUGGGCAGUCCCCUGAUGAUGGCAGAGCUGAAGAGCAAACUGAAAAAACCUGUAAAAGAAUAAAAGAAACGUACCAGAAGAUGAAUUACAUUUUUUUAUAUCUUAAAUGAGCUCUUAUGUAUGUUUAUAAUUAAAAUAUGUAUGUUUAAAAUGA